GUACAUCACUAUGCAGGAAAUAAUGGUAUUUCCAGGGCAUGUUAGUAGUCAAAAGGAAGUAUCUGAAGAAAAACUUAAACUAGUACGUUCUCUUGGCUCCAUUGCACUUAGAAAAGCAGAAGAUGUUGACUUCAAGUAUCAUUUUAAUUUCUUCAGUGUCAACUUUAAUGAGGAGUUGGUUGCAUUGUAUGGUGGUAGUCUGCAACAACAGACCAAGUUUGUGCAUGAAUGCAUAAAAGUAAUUCUUAAGUUGUACAGGGAUCGAGAAUUUGCACCAACCAGUGUUGCAAUAGUAGGUCAUUCCAUGGGUGGUCUCGUUGCAAGAGCAUUGCUUACUCUGAAGAAUUUUAAGCCUGGACUUAUAAACCUCCUCAUUACACAAGCCACGCCUCAUGUUGCACCUGUAAUGCCUUUAGACAAAUAUCUUACUGAUUUUUAUACAGCUGUAAACAAUCAUUGGAUUCUAAAAGCCCAAGAUUUAAGAAAUUUAACUACCCUUUCUGUGGCGGGAGGAUUCAGAGAUUACCAAGUUCGUUCAGGACUGGCUUUUCUACCAAGAUUGAGUCAACAUGACAGUGCCUUAUCUGUUGUGAGCUCAGCUGUGCCUAGAGCUUGGGCCUCAACAGACCAUCUCUCCAUAGUGUGGUGCAAAGAAUUGAUCCUGGCUACCAUUAGAGCUUUUUUUGAUCUCAUAGAUGAAAAUACAAGGCAGAUAACUGAGGAUCCAAAGAAGAGAAUGUCUGUACUGCAUCACCACUUUGUGAGACACCCUGCAAAGACAUUUGAGGAAAACCCUGAAGCUUUUACGGAACUCACAGGAGCUUUCAUGUGGAUUCCAGUCAAAGCCUCAAAAUGGACUUAUUCAGUUUACAAUGAUUCUGAUGGAAAAUAUUUCACAUUUCCUCUUGUGAGCCACAGAAAAUCAUACAGUCAUGUUUACUGUGAAAACAGUAUGUUGGACACAAGUAGCUGGAUUUAUGGCUGUAUGAACAGUAAUUCAUCAACGUGCCUGGAAGCUACUGAUUUAUCCUGGAGAGCUGAGUUACUUCCAACCACCAAGGUUGUAAUACUGAAACUUCAGGACUAUACUUCUUUGUCCCACAUUGUCAUUCAGGUACCACCCACAGUUGGCAAUAAGUAUACUUUGGGCUGUGAAUUCUUCAAACAGGAUUCCAGAACAGUACAGCUUCCUGUAACACAUCUUUUUUCAUUUGGGCUUUCUUCAAGCAAAAUUCUAUUAAAUUCAACUGGCUUACUUUACAAUGUACAGCUCCAGCACUUUAACCGAAUAUAUCAAGCUUUCAAAAUUUAUAUAGAGAGCCACUGCCAGUCACUCAAAGAAAGAAAACCUAGUGUUUACAGACUUCAUGUACCCUGGUCACAUGAAGACUCAAUAAUUGUAGCAAAAGUUCCGUCUUUUACGGAGAUUUCUGCAAAACUGCAUAUUGCUCAGCCUCAAAAUGACAGCAGGGUUCCAGAGUUAAAUAUUUACUCUUCCUCAGACUGUCAGUAUGAAGUAAUUCUGAAGACGUCAGUUUUACAGGUUCUUGGGCAAAUAAUAAGGUUCCAUGCUGGCUCUCUUCCUGUCUAUGUUGUUUCUAAUAUUUUUCUUGCUUAUGGAGGACAAUUGAGCACACUAAUGUCAACAGGCCAAUGUUCAGACUUUCCCCUUGAACUAGUUAGGACAGCUAAACCCUACAAAGUAGAACCUCUUAUAAGCAUUGUUGUGUUUCUGCAGGGGUUUAACUGGUUUAGAGAGAUAUGGGAAUCACUGUCACUACCAGAGGUGGAUGCUGCUGUACUGAGUAGUCAGGAUGCGUGGUUCCCCCUUGUGUCCCUGAUUCUAUUUCUUUUUGGGACAGGCAUUGCCUACUGGAGUGGAGUAUUUUUCUCUACAUCUCUGAGACUCUUCUCUUUGUUAUGGUUAACUCUGAUUAGACCUACUGUACUUCAGAAAGAUAACAAGUUGAUUACACCCAGAAGACUCUGUGGGGUGUUAUCCCUUGCUUUGGUUAGCUGGACCACUUGCGGUGCAUUUGCUGUAUUCAUUAUUUACCUUCAGUACUUGUUUAAGGUUAUAAAGCUACAUGUGAAUGUAAGAGCAGAACAAAACAUGCUUAAUGGGGAUUCAGACUGCUCAAAAGAAACUUCACAGAACUCCAGUAUAUACACAGUCAAAAACCAGAGUUCAACGGACAGUACCGUAAAAGCAACACAGUCUCUUUCCAACAGUACAACAGUUGCUGAAGCUGUUAACAGUCUUAAGAUGCAUGUUACAAUUCUCAAUUUAUUCACAUGGAUUGUGCUGCUCAACUUGCCAUCUCUAAUUUAUUGGUUAAAAAAUCUCAGGUACAGUGUUAGACUUGAUCCUGAUCCAUGUAGAUCUACAGCUAUUAUCCUCGUAUGCAUUUUAGAAAUUCUCAUGAAUUCAAGUACUUCUGAAGUGAAAUCAAGUAAACUCUUGAAGAUCGCAGCCAAAGUUCCACUCCCUUUGUCUGUUGCAAUGUUGGCCUUUGGACGAAUGCAUUUAUACAAAGUACCACACUUCGUAACCCUUUCUCUUCUUCUACAUGUGCUGUGUUGUAUUGUGUAAUGUUCAUUAUACAUAGGAAGAACAGUGCAGUCUAGAAACUUAACACUGGAAAUGGGGCAAAUUUCAACAAAGAAAUGUCUCUCUUAAUAUCAUCAGUAGUUUACAUUAUGUGCGAAAGAGGACAGAACUGUGAAUACUUCAUGAAAAGUUCGUGGUUCUGUUCAUGUUGCUUAGAAAGCUUUUUUAUGCUGUUUAUUUCCUGACUCUGAAAAUUAAGUGAAUUAACUAUGUGUAUGUGUGUAAGCACAUAAAUCAUAUUAGUGUAACAUCUCAAUACUCUGUUUGCCUUGGAGACACUUUGAUAUUUCACUAUACUUCUUUGUUGAAACAGACUUUUUUUUACUCAGUAUGCCAUACAGUGCGUAUGUUCUGAACUUGCAUCUCUUGCAGAUCUAAAAUAUGCUGGUUAAAACUCAAUAUAUUUCAAGCACACUGUGACUAUCACAAAAAUACACAGCCAAGUAUACUUUCAGUCAUUUUAUGCUACAUUUAAAAGCUGCCAGUUGUGUCUAGACAAACUAGAAUGUACUGCUUAUAUAGAACUGUUAUUUCUAUCAAAUCAUUUGUUCAAUCAGUGUGAGUUGAACAUUUGUGAGAUUAUUGAAAGUCUUACACAUUUUACUUUUUCUGAGAGUGAGAAAACAACAAUAUUCUGUGUAGCUUUCUAUUCAGGAAGGAUACCAGCAGAUUCAUAAACAAUUUGCUGUAAUGUUGUUUUAAAACAUUGCCAGUUUUCUCUGGAAUUUUGUCAAUUCUGAAAUUACUCCUUGGACCUUGUCCGUAUGUAGAAGCUAGCAAACAUUGAGGUAUGGUGUGAGUUCACAGUGCAGUUGCUGUACUGCACUGUUUCCAAGCAGACAAGGCAGGUUUUUUUUCCUAUUGUAAAUGGAGAAUCAACUGUCUCAUAAUAAAUGUCCAUAAGUGAAAUUAAUGUGGAAUAGUUACAACACUGCAAAUUCAUGCCCUGCCAGACAGUGCUGACUUCCUCACGUGGACAAACUCUUCGUAAUAAUGGGACAUACUGACCAUAAUUAUUAGCUCUGUAUACAGUAUUAUCUUAGUGCCUAGAUGCUACAGUGACUGCCAUUUAUAAUAAAGCCUAAAUUAGCUAUGUGUAAGGAAUUCUGUCCCCUGGGUAUGUGUUUUGCCAACAGAAGAAAUCUCAGUAGCCAUUAGGUUAAAAUGAUGUAUUGAUUCUGUGUAGAGAUGAGCCUACCAGCUGUCUCCACUCUGACAUACCCGUUAUCUUCAUGUGGAAAUACUAGACCAGCUCAAUUGUCUUACAUGACUAAUAAGAGGUAAUCUGCUACCCACAGUCAAUCAAGUAUAUUCUUGAUAUAGUAGUACAGCCAGCCUGACCCAUUAAUUUUAUCGUAGCUCAUUAAUCUUGCCUGAAGUGCCUCAGUUCUAGCGUGUUGUUAGGGUCAAUUCAUUUACGCUGGCUGGAAAGUCUUAAUUCACACAGUGACUUUCCAAAAUGAAGGACAAAUGUGAAGUAGGCACCUGUUUUGUCCGCUUAUACACAAGUCAGCAGUUCAAGCUAUCACUAAGUCAUUAAAACUGCUUUAACUGAGUAAGAUUAUUGUAGUUAACCAAACCACUGUCACUAUUAUCAGUAAUCUAUGUGCUGGUACUCUAGUCUUAACCUUUUUUAAAAAAGGUUGGAUUAUACAUAGUGUUUGUAAAUCAGAAAAGUUAUUUGAAUAGAUUAUAUCUUGAUACUUUCUAACCAAAUGUAUGCUACAGUGUGUGUAUAUACAUAUAUAUAAAAAAAAGAUAAUUUGUGUGUCUAAAUAUACUUGUAGCUAAAUCCACCAGUUGGUUUAACCUAAAAAUUGCUGUUCAGACAUAGAAUAUAGUAGUUUUUCUGCUUUCAAAUGGCUGUGAAUUAAAGAUGGUGGCAGAACUGCACUGGGGCUGGUAAAAGGCUGUCUGUGAAAUGUGCAGGAUCUGAUUUCUGUGGAAGAUAAUUUUCCUUGGCCUUCAUGGUUCUUUUGGCUUGCUACUGUAUUUUACUCCUGAUUUUGUUUUGCCAUCUUAAUGGGCUCUUUAAGCAUGAAUCCAUUUGUUGGAGCUGUUGGUGGAAUAAAAUAAUAAUCAGAAUAAGGAGAGCAAACAGUUUCUGCAUGUGUAGUAGUUUUGAUAGCUUCCAAAAUCUGCCACAGCUGGAAACUUCUGAAUAACAGCAGCAUAGAAUAACACCAAUUUUUUCAUUUAAUUAUGUCUUUGAAGCUGAGAAUUGCAUUGAUAGUUAUCACUCUUCAUGAAAUGGGUUACAAAAUCUUGCAUAGAUUCCUACCUGAUUUUCAAGUUGGAGAUAGGAGCAGAUAUAAUCCUGAGUCUGAGAUGCCAGAUGACAGAAUUUAUCACGUCUCCCCCAAUGCUCCUUUUUUUCAGAGAUGAUUUACCUUCACUGGGGAAGGAGGGGAAGUCUUACUGCUACUUUGGAUUUAUAUGCAUUCUGUGUCAUUUGCUAGACGAAAACUGUUAUCAGAGAUGUGCAU